AACCCGGAAGCAGUCGGCGGCUCCAGGAAGCGGCUGCGGAACGCGCGGUUUCGCGGGCGCUGCGGCUGCAGAAUGGUCGGCGGCGGCGGGAAGCGCAGGUCCGGCGUGGAGGGACAGCAGUGUGAAAAGACAGUUGAUGUGAAGAAGAGUAAAUCCUGUGAAGCUGAUGUCUCCAGUGACCUUCGAAAAGAAGUAGAAAAUCAUUAUAAGCUCUCUUUCCCUGAAGAUUUCUAUCACUUCUGGAAGUUCUGUGAAGAGCUUGAUCCUGAAAAGCCUGCUGAUUCACUUUCUGCAAGCCUUGGACUUCAAUUAGUGGGUCCUUAUGAUAUCCUUGCUGGAAAACAUAAAAUGAAGAAAAAAUCAACAGGCCUGAAUUUUAAACUUCACUGGAGGUUUUACUAUGAUCCUCCUGAGUUCCAGACCAUUAUUAUUGGAGAUAAUAAAACUCAGUACCAUAUGGGGUAUUUCAGGGAUUCUCCUGAUGAACUUCCUGUAUACGUUGGUAUAAAUGAAGCAAAGAAAAAUUGUAUGAUUGCUCAAAGUGGAGAUAAUGUGUUUGCUGCAGUCAAAUUAUUUUUGAUGAAAAAACUUAAAGAAGUAACAGAUAAAAAGAAAGUUAAUCUCUUGAAAAACAUAGAUGAGAGACUCACAGAAGCAUCCAGAGAACUGGGGUACUCACUGGAACAGAAAACUGUGAAGAUGAAACAGAGAGAUAAGAAAGUCGUGACAAAGACCUUUCAUGGUGCAGGCUUGGUUGUUCCAGUAGAUAAAAAUGAUGUUGGGUACAGAGAGCUCCCCGAAACAGAUGCUGAUCUCAAGAGAAUUUGCAAGACAAUAGUUGAGGCUGCAAGUGAUGAGGAGAGACUAAAAGCUUUUGCUCCCAUUCAGGAGAUGAUGACCUUUGUGCAGUUUGCUAAUGACGAGUGUGACUACGGCAUGGGCCUGGAGCUGGGCAUGGACCUCUUCUGCUACGGUUCCCCUUAUUUUCAUAAAGUUGCUGGCCAGCUUUUACCUCUUGCAUAUAAUCUUUUGAAGAGGAAUCUGUAUGCAGAAAUUAUUGAAGAUCAUCUGGCAAACAGAAGUAAAGAAAACAUAGACCAACUUGCAACAUGAGUGGGAGACCUGCAACUUCUACUGACAAAUGGGGCUCUGCACUAUUGCUAGCUACACGCACAUCCUGCCAUUCAACCCAGCGUUGACUCUUCUGCUGCUCCUUGCUCGCAAAGUACAGACACGGCCUGUAACCUGAGAGAAGCGUCAUCAUUAUCAUCUUUUUGAGGGUCCACAUGCUAAGCAUAUUGGCCUACACUGCACAGGGCAGCAGUACAGAGCAGGACUGUUACAGAUGUAAUUAAAGGCCAAACCACACAUUGUCAUAUAGAUUUUAAUAGGCUUCUGAUUAACUCAUCACAGUAAUCAUUUUUACUGUAAUGAUAUGCAGCUUUACUACACUAGUAUAAAUAAAAACAGAUAAAUACAGCUCUAGGCAACAUCACAGAUUAACAAACUAAGCAUUCUUCAUGAACCAAAACUGAAAACAAUUAUUAAUAAGGAAGAGAUGCUGACACCCUUGCCCAUUCUCAUCAUACCUUCUCAAAAAGGGUACUCCAAUAAGGCGCUACUUAUAUUGGUCAAUUAAUUUGCCAAUUAGCCAGGCACAACAAUUUCAUGGUCCCCACUAUUUCAUCGUUUGUUCAAGAAGACACACCUCAAUGUAUCAAAAGGAAAAAUGGGACAGAUAGUAACACCAAAGAAAACCACUGAAUGCAUUAAAAAUCCGGCACUUGUCCUGUAUUUCAGCAGUAAGACACACCAGGGACAGAAAUGUACCAAAGAAGAAAAUUAAUGCUUUAUUGUCCACCCUGAAAUGUUAGUCUUUGAAGCAGGAUGGGCAGUGAAAGUAGGACCUGAACUCAAAACAGGGGAACGUGGAAAAUAAAAU